CCAAACCGCAUCUCUUUGGACUCUUUUUGAUUGGAAUUUAUUCCUCUAUUUAAUAUUUUUCCAUUAUUUUGAUUUAUUGUUUAUUUUGAUUGGAUAAUUAAAGUAAAAUAUAUAAUUUCAUCGUCUAAAGGUGUACUUAAAACGUUUUGAAAUUUGUCUUACAGCAUUAUGGCAGAAAAAAUUAAAAUAUUACUUUGUGGAGAUGUAGAAGGCAAAUUCGAUACUCUGUUCAAGCGAGUAACAUCAAUAAACAACAAGUCUGGACCAUUCGAUUCAUUAUUAUGUGUUGGCAACUUUUUCGGCAUCAAUAAUAAGGAAUUUUUACCAUACAGACUUGGAGAUAAAAAAGUUCCAGUACCAACUUAUAUCUUAGGCCCCAACAAAGAAGACCAAGUAAAAGAAUAUCCCCCAGACGAAUCUCAAUUUGAAUUAUGUUCAAAUGUAUAUUAUUUGGGAAAAAGAGGUAUUUACAGUGACAGUAAAGGACUGAGAAUAGCAUAUCUGAGUGGCAUAGCGAGUACUGAUAAAACCGAUAUUUGGACUCACAACGAAAAAGAUGUUUCUGAUUUAUGCGAUGCAGCUUUGAAGGGCAAUGCAGCGUUUAGGGGUGUGGACAUUUUACUUACUUCACAGUGGCCUAGUGGGAUUAUUGAUGACAAAAAAAUUAAUCUCACUCUAAACCUACAAAGCGAUCUAGUGAGCUAUUUAUGUAUGAAACUGAAACCAAGAUACGUCAUCAGCGGUCUAGAAGGUGUUUCCUACGAGAGAACUCCAUUUAGGUGUCCAAAUUUGGGCGAUCACGAUACAACUUUGGAAUCAACUACUAGAUUUAUUGGUCUUGCUCGUGUAGGUAAUUCAAAUAAACAAAAAUGGCUUUACGCACUGAAUGCUACACCUUUGGACAAAAUGAAAAUAUCUGAAUUGUUGCAAAAAUCAACAGACGAAACGAUAUGUCCUUUUAACUUUGACGAACUAGAAAGUAAAGUACUCGGUAAUAAGAAGCGAAAAACUGGUGGUUCUAAUCAGUACUUUUACGAUAUGAACGCUCCAAUGGAAGAUGACAAAAAAAAGCAAAGAACUAAAAAGCCCCGCAUGGAAUUUGAUCAAAGUAAAUGUUGGUUUUGCCUUGCUAGUCCGUCCGUUGAGAAGCAUUUGGUUAUUACAGUUGGAAAUUAUUGUUAUCUUGCUUUGGCUAAGGGCGCAAUAGUAGAUGAACAUUUCCUAAUUUGCCCAAUGGAACAUUUUCAAAGCAGCCUAGCAUGUACUGAAGAAAUUCAACAAGAAAUGGAACAGUUCAAGGAAGCCUUGCAUAAAUUUUAUGAUAGAAGAGAUCACCUUCCUGUUUUUUUUGAGAGAAAUUAUAAAACGUCACACAUGCAGUUGCAGGCGAUUCCAAUACCCAAAAAAGCAACAAGGGAAUUAAAGGAUAUUUUUCUGGAUGAAUCUGAAGCCCAAGGCUUCCAAUUGGAGUCCCUUGACUCAAAUAACAGAUUAGAUCAAGUAAUUCCCCCCAAAACGCCAUUUUUCAUGGUUGAACUUCCAGACAAGCAAAUUCUUUAUACAAAAAUUCAAAAUUCAAUCAAUUUUCCAUUGAGUUUUGGCCGUGAAGUAAUCGCAUCGGGACCAGUGCUCAAUAUGCCAAAUCGGGUUGAAUAUAAGGAGUGUCUUUUGGACAAAAGUAAAGAGGAAGAGCUGGUUCAGAAAAUUCGAACGGAUUUUGAACCUUAUGAUUUUACUAUGAGUCGAUAGUGGUGUUGUAUAGCAAAUAGAGGGGUGAAAAACGUGAUUUUUUUUUUUAAAUGCGAAUCCAUGAUAUUAUCUAAAGUGAAUUUAAUUUUCGACACAUUAAGACACACGCUAUUUUUUUUUUUAGUAAAUUUUUUUGUUGGGAAGAUGCAGAUCCUUGGUUUUUAUGACCAAUUUUUGGGGUGCGUAAAAAUUUAAGUUUCACAUUCUUCCCAACGCCUAAAUGUUUAUUAUUUGUGAUAUAAACACCUCUUUACAACAUUAUCUAUAAAUAUGGUACAAAAAUUGGAGUAUAAAUUAAUUGUUAUCCUCUACAGUUCAUAUAAAAAUUAAAAAUUAGGGAAAAUAAAAACGGUUUUACAAGACUUUCUUUCAUACUAUCCAGAUUUGCAUAUUAUUUGACAAUAUUAACUAGGAAAUAUAUAAAUUAUGGAGAAAUUUGUUUACAAUUUGACUGCUUUAUCUUCGUUUUUUCUACUCAUGCCUCGUAGAAAACAGUUCAGGAUAUCGCCGUCAAACUGUACAUCCUUGCAAUAAUUUAUGAGAAGUAGAAAUUGAAAUUCAAUAUACCUAAAUUCCUCCAUAUUGUAUGAUAUCACUUCCUUCUACAUAUCUCAAAAAUUGCAUUGAAAAAAACAAAACAGAUAAUAUAACAUUCUAUAAAAUACAUUUCAAUAAUGCCCUAUAUAUUUUACAAAUAUCAAUCUUCUAAUUUGUUAUUUGGCACGCCCUUGUUCUGUGGGAAGCCCUAUUUUCUCUCCAAUUCAGAUUAUCCAUAAAAUUUCUUUAGUUUAAGUCGUAUCUUAAAGGCACCAGCCGAUUUUUUUAUACAAAAUAUUCCAUGUUUAGGGAAAUAUUAUGCAUAUUUGCACAUUCUUUCAUAAGUUAGCCUCCUGUUGAAUUUUUAAUUACAAAUUCUUAUAAAAAAUUAAAAAUGAAUUUUCUAUAAGGUCUCUAAACUGUAAAACUAUGUUACACAUUUAUUUGGAAAGCUUCCCUGGUGAGUUUGGACAUUCCUCGCGUUUUGUGACCUUUUUCGUAAUCGCCUUCGGAAAAGUCUCUUAGGCUUACGUCAGAAAAC